AUGUCUGCCGAUGAUACUUUUACUCGUGAAAGCAAUCCGUCUGAAACUGAAGAACAUGAAUCACCUAUCAGCCACGUUACUCUUCGUCAGCGUCUUCAGGGCAAUUAUGGCAACAAUCUUGAUCAGUUUCAAGAAACAGUCUUGUCUAUACUUAUGGACAUCCAAUCAAAGCAAGAUAAGCAACUGGAAUCCUUAUCUGCUGAUCUAAAUAAGAUAAAGCUGCAGAAUGCCGAUAUACAAAGAACGCAGAAGGAUCUAGAAGAAGCUGUCCGAUUCAACUGUCUGCAGUAUGACGACUUGGUUGUGAAAAUCGGAACUCUGGAAGAUAAGAUUAAAGAGACCACCACUAUAAAGACGGUGCAACAGGAAAAUAAGGCACAUAUACAUGAGUUACAGACCAGACUGGAGGAGAUAAACCGCAAACUACGCGAGAAAUCAGUGGAGAUAAGAAACAUUCCAUUCUCCAAAGACGAGAAUAAGAUUGAAGUGGUUAAAAAUAUCUACAAUUGCCUCUCGCUGGAAUUUAGUAAAGAUUCAGUGCUGGACAUAAGUAGAGUAUCCACCAAAGAUAAGAACAACAAACCGCUUAUAGUUGAAAUGAACACUGUCCAGUCUAAAACCCAAUUCCUAGGAAGCCUCAGAAACUAUAACAAGGCACACAGUAAUAACCCGUUGGGCACUAAUAAGCUUGGGUUUGCUGGAAACAAUACACCAAUCUUCGCUUCAGACUACCUGACACCGUUUGCUGCAAAGCUGUACUAUCUUGCAAGAGAUCUUAAACGUCACCACAACUACAAAUACUGCUGGACUAGACAUGGGAAGAUCUAUGUGAAGAAACAGGAUGAUUCUCCAGCGAUCCUUUUGAAAAGUGAAGUGCAAGUAGAUGAUCUUAAAAAGUGA